AUGUACACAGGAGACCCUGGAGUUACUCUACAAAUUACAGAUUUAAAGGUGUCACUAAUCAGACUCAGUGGAAACGGAACCUUUAAACCAGGAGACUCGUUAAAUCUGACGUGUGAUGUGAACUGCACACAAAGUUCCUCACAGUUUGUGUGGUCUAAGAACAACGAGCUCUUACCUGAAUCAGGAGCCGUUCUUCACUUUCCUGCUCUGACCCUGAGGGAUUCUGGGAAUUACACCUGCACUUGGAAAACCAACACGACAUCAGGAUCUAAAACCAUCAGCCUUCAGGUCGAGGGUAACAAUCUUGAAGAUCCCGGAAGUCCAGAAAAUCCUGAACUGUGGUUAAUCUGGAUGAUAGUUUAUGUGAUUGCUGGAGUGAUUGUCAUCGUCACUGUCAUCUCUGGAGCUGUGAUUUACCAGAGGAGGAGAGUCCACGCUGAGGACGAUUCUAAUCUCUACACUAACGUAAAGCAGAAGAAGAGUGAGUCUGAUCACCACGGUAACAUCCAGCAGAAGAAGUGUGAUUCUGAUCACCACGGUAACAUCCAGCAGAAGCAGGACGUUUCGGAUAUCUAUGCUAACGUCAAGAUGGAGGAGGACAAUUUUAAUCUCUAUGCUAAUGUAUAGUAGCACUGAGCACAUCGCAUGUUCACAUGUUCAUACUUAGCUCAGUCUUCAGCGUGUGAGUUUCCUCUGUGAGCAGAUUUACCAUCAGCAGUAUAUAUACACGUUUCCUGUCUUGGUUUCAGGAGAGAUAGCUCAAGUGUUUAUUAAAUUAGUUGUAAUUUGAUUCAGGAAGUUUCUAUAAGAUUUGGUCACUUUCUAGAACUUACUCCAACUUUUCAACUGAUUUAAGAUCAUUUACAACUUUUUAGGAUCUUUUGCAUUGAUCCAUCUUUCUCCUGUGAGCAGUGCAUGAAGUGAGACGUGACUCACCAGAAUGCAGUACACAAUGCUUUUACAAUGAAGUGCUAUACAGAUUAGAUUAGAUUAGAUUAGAUCAGAUUAUUACUUGUGCUUUAUAAUUUUACCACAACUGUAAAGAAAUGAAAGCUACACAACCUGAAACAGACUCCAACACACACUUGUCUAUUUACACGUUUUAUGUGUUAAACACUUGUAAUCGUGUUAAACCACAGCUCUCACAGUUACUUCCUCUGAGGAAUUAUGGGAUUUUAGGUUUAAAGCCUCAGACUUGUUUCAGUUUGUUUUUUUUUUGUUAAAAAAUUAAAUUGUGUUCAAAGCAGUUUUAAUUUUCUUUUGAAAGACGAGUUUUUGGUGAUUUAAUUUGUGUUAAGGGGAAGACGGAGAUGGAGGAGUGGUAUGUGUGUGUGUGUGUGUGUGUGUGUGUGUGUGUGUGUGUGUGUGUGUGUGUGUGUGUGUGUGCCUGCUCUAAUCAUUAGGGAUUCUAUAUCCGCACUUAAAUUCAAUUCAAUUCAAUAUUUAUUGCAACAUUUUCUAGUUUUAUUGCAAUUAUGUCAUAAGUAUAAUUGAAGGAAAUACAGUGUUUUUUGUAUUUUUUUUUAUUUUUUUGCACAUGUGAAAAUACUGAAAAGCCUGAAAUAAAAACCCUGAU